AUGCGCCGGCCCCAGCGCGGGCCCAUCUCCUGGAGCGGCGGCGGCGCGGGCUGCGGCUUCGGGGGCUGCGGGCGGCGGCCGGAGGGCAGGAGCGUGUUCAGAGAGGACCCAGGAAAGAUAAGGGCAGUGGCAGGUACACUGAUGCUGAAGUACUAUGAGCUUUCAGAACUUCUGGAAAGACUACAAAGUUCUGGUGGUUAUGGUACCUCUGAUUGGGUUCAUACAUUUGGGGUGGCACAGGAUCAAAAGCAGCCCUGUUUUCCAAAUUCCUAG